AGUAACAAGUUAUAAGUACUUCUGGGGUAGUACUCACAAUGGGUUCGACUGUGAUAUCAAUUCCAGAUGAAGAGCUUUCUCUUCCUCUUCCAAGCAUUAAGGAAGAGAAAAAGAGACAAAACAAGCUUUCAAUAAUAAUCUCUUAUCUACAAAAGAACAAGCAGAAAAUGAGAAAGCUCAUUCACAGCUUCAAGGUUGGGAUUGCCCUGGUCUUGGUUUCACUUCUCUAUCUGCUUGAUCCUCUCUAUGAACAAGUCGGAGAAAAUGCAAUGUGGGCAAUAAUGACCGUCGUCGUCAUCUUCGAGUUCUAUGCAGGUGCUACACUUAGCAAGGGCUUAAACCGAGGAUUAGGAACCAUCUUAGGAGGUGGACUUGGGUGCUCAGCUGCAACUUUAGCUCAAGAAGUGACUGGCAUGGGCAAGGCCAGCACCAUAAUCAUUGGUUCUUCUGUAUUUAUAGUCGGUGCAGCUGGGACAUAUGUUAGAUUGCAGCCGAGCAUCAGGAAGAGAUACGACUAUGCAGCAAUGAUAUUCAUACUGACCUUCAAUCUGGUGAUUGUUUCGGGUUUACGUGCCGAGGAGGUGUUGGAAUUGGCUCGUGAUCGGCUAUCAACCAUCGGAAUGGGUUUCGCCGUCUGCAUCUUCAUAAGCUUGCUCGUUUCCCCCACAUGGGCCAGUGAUGAGCUUCAUGACUCGAUCUCCAGUAAAUUCCAUGACCUUGCAAAAGCUAUUGAAGAAUGCCUUGAAGAUUACUUCCGAUUAGAUAACAAGCCUGGCCGACCGAGUUCCAAUUCCAGUGGUUGCAAAUCGGUGUUGCACUCGAAGUCUAAAGAUGAGUCGCUGGCAAAUUUUGCGAAGUGGGAACCAUGGCAUGGGAAAUUUGGUCUUUACUACCCAUGGAACAAAUAUCUACAGGUUGGAGAGCAGCUAAGGGACCUCGCUACUAUUGUUCUUUCCCUCAAAGCCUGCCUUCAAUCUCCUAGACAGCCAUCAUCUAGUGUGAGACAGUCGAUUAAAGAGCCUAGCAAAGCUGUAGGGUUUUCAUUCGCAGUGACUCUGCGAGAGAUCGGAGAGAGCGUUAUGAAGAUGAGAAGAAGCCAAGAAGAAGCUAUGAUCAUGCCCAAGUUGAAGUCAAUGAGAGUAGAACUGAACUCCAUCAUUUCUUCUUCCAAGAUUGGACCAUUACAAAAUGUCGAUGAACUUGCGAUUUCAUGUUUUGUUUUCCUGUUAAUGGAGAUGGUCGAAAAGGUUGAAGAGUUGGCAAAGGAGGUUGAAGAACUUGGUGAACUCGCUGAAUUUCGUACCAAAUAACCAUGUAUAAGUGUAUAUAUAUAUACAUGGCAAUGGUCUUCUUAACAGCUAUCAGUACAUACUUUGAGCACAUGGUAUUAUGCUGUACGCCUGUACAUAACCAUUUGCCAAUUUUGGCCUGGAACUACAUGUUGUAUGUACGAGACCAAAUGAUGGGACUUGGUAU